UUUUCGUGCUUUAAUUUAUUAAUAAGACAUUUAAUCGUGCUAUUUUUAGCUUAAAUUAUGUUUAUUUGCUGUUUUAAGUAUAUCGAAGUGAGUAUUGUGUAGCGUCUGCGAAUGGAUUGAUUACAUUAUUUCUAAUGGGAAAAAUUGCUUCGGACUUCGGAACAGCCUCCUGAAAGGAAUGAAAUUCGAAAUACGGGGCAUCACUUUAUAUGAUUAUACCAUUCUGUAAGAAGGAAAGGUAAGAGCGGUCUAAUAACCCUAUGCACUAAAACCAGUCCGCAUUUCUUUCUUCGUUUGCAUAGAAUCCGCCAAAUUGCGCAACAUGUAACAUGGGGUUACAGUAACAAUAUACGAACUCGUUGGGGGUAACGCUCAUACUCGACUAUUAUUAUUUGUUCUUACAUUAUUAUUAUUAUUUUUAUACACGUUUUACAUGAGCAUCUUUAUAUUUUUAUUUAUUCGUAACUUCGAAGGUCCGGCUAUAGACAUUUGAAAUAUUCUAGAAUGUUCUAAAGAUUUCGUUCUAAUUGAUUGCGACCGUCGCACAAUGGUUCAGUUGGAUUCAAGGAGGAUGUAACAACAUUCCCUCAUUUAUUGAUGAUGAUAACAUUUGUUUUCCUUGUGGAUCAUUUAUUAAACUCUUUAAUAUGAAAGAAGGUACAGAGACAAAUAUUUCUUCUCCUGGAGAUGGCAUUAGUUUCCUUACGUCAAAUGAGCUUUUAAAUGUCAUAGCCAUUGCUGAAUUAACAAUAAUGCCAAAUAUAUAUAUUAUGCAAUAUCCAUCCUUUCAAAUAAUUGGAAUUUUAAAAAAUGGAGCUACACUUGAAUAUUUAUAUUUGGAAUUUGUUUUUGAUGAAAAAUUAAUAUCUCUUGGAGGCAUACCCGAUUUUAAACUUACAAUAUGGAAAUGGACUACCCAAGAAGUUUUAUGCACUAUGGAAAAUUAUUUACCAUCUUAUGUUUUAUCUAAAACUCCACCUUUAGUUCAAAUUUCAAUGAAUCCUUUAACAUAUAAGAAAAUUUGUAUGACUUAUCCAGAAAAACUAAUAUUUUUUGAAGUUGAACAGUUUGCUAAUGAUUUUGUGAUGAAUAAAUGUUCAUGUAUGUUACCUGUUGAAAAUGAAACUGAAGUGAUUUCUUACUCAUCUAAUGGGGAAUUUCCAAAACUGGAUUUGUUUUUACAAAUUGAUAAUUUAGAUUCAAAAAAUAUGCUUAUUAAAUCUCUGGUUCAAGUGCCACUUUCUGCUAGUACAGGAAUGUCAGAUGAUAGUCUUCAAGAUUUUUUAAAUCAUACUUAUGGAAAAUAUCAAGUUAUUCCAACUUGUCAUUGCUGGCUUAAUGAUGGGAGUGUUCUAGUUAGUUGUAAAGAUGGUAGCAUUUUACAGGUGAACAGUGAAAAUUAUUCUGUAAAGAAAAUAUAUUCUGUUAUCUGGCCACAUUUUCAAGAAGAUCAAGAUGAUGUAGGACCAGUAAUUAGUAUGGCUCUUCAUGCUGUUGGAUUAUAUUUGGCAGGAAGAGGAGGAUUGAUAAUGAUAAUGAAAAUGAAAGAACAAGCAUUAGAAAUGCUAUAUUCUUUUAACAUCAAUCAGACUGUUGGGAAUAUAAAUUUCAGUUUAAGUUAUCAAAGAAUGUGCAUUUGGGGAAUUCAAGGCAGCAUAUAUAUUUUGGAUAUGGCAAAGUCUUUUUCAAAUAAUCCUGUAAAUGUAUGGAAUAAAAAUUUACAAAAUAUUGUAGGAGUUGGUUGCUUUGGAAAUAUAGAAACACAUUGUAUUAUUGUCAGAGAAGAUGGUAUUGUACAACUGUGGAAUUUAGAAAAUGGAAGUUUGAGAAUGGAGUUUAAUAUUGGACAAAAUGCAACAGAUUUGGCAUGUAGUCCAUUGUGUUCUCUAUUAGUUGUAGCAACAACUUUGGGAUUUUUAUACUUCUACGACUUGAGUGAAUUUGCACUUCAAAAGAGAAGACUUAUUAAAAUUCUUCGUCUUUUCACUGAACCAAUUCUUAGUGUAAAUUUUGAUAAUAAUGGGGAAUAUUUAGUAGUAGUUGGAAGAAAUAAUAUAUUAUAUGUGCUUGGUGGUUCACCAUCUCGUUUAUUUGAUGUCUGUGGUUAUAUUGUAAUGGAUGGUGAAGUUAUGGAUGUAACAUUAAUGUCAGAUUCUAAAGACCUACAUAUAUUAACAUUAUCGUGUGGAAAAACAAAUUCAAAAGAAAGAGGAGGUGACAUUCUGAAUUACAUGAGUAUUCCUCUGAGUAUAUCUUUAGAUCCAGAAGAAUAUUGGAAGGGAAAUUCAAAAGAAUUUAAUCUACAAGCAAUAAAUUUUUUGAAACCUCAAUUAGAAAAAUUUGGUUUUGGACUUGUUAUUCAUCCGAACUCAGAUGUUUAUUCAUUUUGUGCAGAAAAUCCUUUUUGGCUUCAAAAAUUUCAGAUGCUUAAAAAGGAUCACUCUCAGAAUAUUAUUAAACCAUCUUGUUUUAUUGAGAGUGGUCAUUCAUUAAAAGGAAGUUUGGCUUUUUCACAUAACUAUAAUAUUUUAGCCACUUUAAGUGAUGAUGGGACAUUAGCUAUUAGAGAUGUAGAAAGUCUUAAAGUAAUGCAAAUUGUUAAAACUCAUCAUUAUUGGAAAGGAAAAAGAGGAAAGGAAUUAUGUUUUUCAUCUGAUGAUUCAAAAAUAAUUGUAAUUGGAGAAGAUUAUACAAUUGUUUGCUAUAAAAUAGAAAAUUUUGAAACACAAGUAAAUGAACAUGAAAGAAAAGAGUUGAUAGAGUCAUUAUAUAAAGCAGAUUCUGGAAAAUCAUCAUCAGAAACUCUAUCAGAAAUGCAAAUUAAACAGAAUAAUGAAAAUGCUAAAUUAUGUAAUUUCCAGACUAUCACCAGGAAAGAAACAGAAAAAGAAUAUUUAAUAAAUCUUCCAACUUGGUUAGAAAGUCUUGAAGAAAAAAAAAAACAACUUGAAAUACAAAAGUUUUCAGAAGAAAAAUCAAGAAUUUGCUCAGAAGUAGUAGGAUUACAAUUACAACUUGAAGAAUUGAUGGAGAAUAAUGAAUUGCUUCCAGAACAAGAUCGCUUACCUUUUAAUGAAUUUGUAUUUGAACCUGCAGAAAUUGAGAAACUACAGUCACAGAUUCAAAUGAAAAUGGAUCAUAUCAAAGAGGAGCUUCAAGAAAGUUAUUUAAAAUUGAAAAAAAAUAUUGAAAUUUUAAAAACAGAAUGUUGGGAUAAUAUGGAAGAAAAAGGAAUUUGCUUAUGGGGAUUUUAUAGUAAUGUAAAAGUUGAAAAUUAUCCUUUACCCAAGCAACCAGAGAAAGAGUUAAUAGAAUUAGAACAAAUUAAAUGGUCAAGAGAAAUGGAAAAUCUCAUUUAUGAAGUGAGAAUAAAUGAAAAAAUUCAAGAAAGCAUGAAGAAAAAAACUAAAAUCGAUAACGACGGUUUAUAUUCUACUUACUCGGAAAUUCCUGCCGACGAAAAGUGGUCAGGUUCUCAAAGAUUGGAAUGUGAGAUUGAUUAUCCUUUGCUUUAUAAUCAAUUUCAGUUAUUAACAAUGAAGCAGAAAAUAGAUCAGAUAGUUCUAUUGAAGGUGAACAUUUUUUAUGUGAAAUGUAGUAACUUAAUAGUUUUAUUUUCAACUUUCCAUGUCUGAGGAUAGCACUUUA